CUCCACCUGCAGUCACUCCUUCGUCUCGCUCCUGUACGGUGGUGAGAGUUGCUCUUAAUUCAGUUACUCCUUCGUCCAGCUGUUUCUAGAGAUAUACUUUGGUUACGGACAGCUAUACACUGUUGGGUUACUACAGUGGUACAUCUGUUUAUUACUGGAGCAAGAUGGUGAUGGGAGGGUGUACUCUUUCUCUGGUUAUGGUGGCGGUAGUGCUGUGCAUUGCUGAGGGACAGUAUGCUGACCAGACGAGCACCUUGGCUCCAUGUAGGCCUGGCUGGUGUAGGAACAAUGGAAGGCGCAGACGCAUAGGUGGUCAUACAGACAGAAGACGCAAGUGUCCAACCUUCUGCUAUGACAGAUACUCACCAGUGUGUGCAAGUGACGGCCAGACCUAUCUUAAUCGCUGUUUCUUUAGAAGUGCCACAUGCAAGAAUCCCUCGAUCUAUAAACGGCACAACGGUGAAUGUAGAGGGACGAAUCCAACUGAUGAUUGUCCAACUAUCUGCCCAGCCAAUUAUGACCCAGUGUGCGGUAGUGAUGGCCAAACUUACAGCAACCAAUGUGAACUCAAUAUUGCUAUAUGCAGAAACCCCUCCUUAUCAAAACACAGUGAUGGGAAUUGUGGCACAAUGAAUCCCACUGACUGUAACUUUCCCUGUUCCUUCGUGUACAACCCUGUGUGUGGGAGUGACGGCAUGACUUAUGGAAAUGAUUGUGCACUGAAUGCAACCAUAUGCCAAAAUCCUAACAUAUACAAGAAGAACGAUGGGAUGUGCAAUAACCUUGUCAACUGUCCAGAUGUGUGUACACAAGAGUAUAACCCAGUGUGUGGCACUGAUGGCAAGACCUACUCAAACUCUGGCUGUCUGGAAAUUAUUACUUGCAACAACCCUGAUAUUACACUGGCAUAUCAAGGACCCUGUAACACCUACCAGUAGUGAUAAACUAAUGUAAGGUCAUACUUAUUUUACCAUUAGCUAAUACCACUUUAUUAUUAUAUUACCAAUAAAUUGGGCUUCCAUCUAAAAAACCUCA